CCGCAUCUACUCGGCGAGCAUGUUCUUCUACUUUACUUUCAAGGUCAUUAGCGCGACGGCUGCGUUCUUGUACCCUGGAUAUGCUUCGUACAAGACGCUUUCGCAGCGGCCAGCAUCUGAAGAGGAGCUCGAACGCUGGCUGAUGUACUGGAGCGUGCUCGGGUGCAUUGUAUCUGUCGAAUAUGUCGCCGAGUGGCUAGUUUCAUGGCUGCCGUUCUACUAUCCAGUCAAGACCAUUUUCCUCCUCUACCUUGCACUGCCACAGACAGCCGGAGCAGCAUACCUUUACCACACACACCUACAGCCCUUCUUUGCUGCGCACGAGUCCCAGAUCGACUCUACGCUCGCACAGCUCAAGGGGUACAUCUACUCCUCCCUCCAACGGUUCCUGCGUGCAGCCUGGGACCACGUCACCACCACCCUUCGGCAGAUGAACGUCCCCGCCGGGGCCGACGCACCGCUUGCCAAUCAGGCUUCCGCAAACACCGGCGCCCAGCCCUCGCUCGGCGAUCCCGUCUCCGGGCCCGCGCAGCUCGUGCAGGGCCUCUGGGGCAACUACGGCCCCACUCUCCUCGCCUCGGGCGCUGCACUGCUGCGCCAGGCGCAAGUCUCCGCGACGCAGGCCGCGACGGCCAACGCGCGCGCAGCACGCGCGACACUCUCGGAGGACCAGCCGUCCGUGCAGCCGUACGACCUCUCCGACUCCAGCCCUCCCUCGCCUGCGGGCCCCUCGAGCGUCCCGCUGCCGCGCCCGAGCAACGACUCGCGGCACUCGUCGUUUUCGUCGUCCGGCUCGUUGCGGCAGCGCGCGGAGAGUGGCGGGAAGGCAGCCUUUGAGGAGGUGGAGGUGCCGAGCGACAUGGAGGGCGACGGCGUGGGCCACGCCGUGCCUGAGAAGCCCGCGCAGGCCCGAAGGACGAGCUGGUUCGGCUGGGGCUCUGGCAACCCCGGAACGGGGUAUGAGAGGGUCAAGACUGAUUAGAGAACUUGUCUGAACGUUAGGCAAGUACUUGAUGAGGCGUUUCAAUGAAUCGCUUGGAAGUGACUGUAACUAUCGUCGAGGGCGGGGGCUCAAUUGUGCUUUACAGGUUUCACGUGUACUGUAUUUAUCCACACCUGUAUAUCAGCAAUCAUAACAAUCAAAGUUGUUC